UUCUUUUGUAAACUUAGGAAACUUGAUUUCCUUUUCAUCAUUCUUUCCUACAAAUUUUCCACAAAGACUAGACUUAUUAAAUUGCAUCUCUAUAUAGGCACACCAAAUUUGCGUGUACAACCUAUCACAUAAGUUGGUAAUUAAUAACUUCAAAGAAAACAAACAAGUUUGCAAAAUGGAAAACAUUUUUUCAAUAUCAUCAAUUAGUUCAUCAUUAUUGGGCAAGAAAAUAGCUGAUGAUCUAAAUCAAUUUUUUCGUAUCAUGUUAAGGUGUACCAUUCUCAGCAUCCUAAGCUUAUAUCAAGAUUUAUGUUCUUGUUUUUCUUUUUCACUCAGACCAAUUCUUUUGUUAUCCAUCACUCUCCGAAAGGCGUUGACUCGAGGUAAGCAUGAUAAUAAUGUUGAUGCUAAGGAUUCAUCAAACACAUUGGAAAGUUGUGGCCAUGAUCAAAAUCGCGAUAACGAGGAUUUUGAGGUAGUAAUUUUGAAUAAGCUAAUGAGUUUAUGCAAUUCAAAUGGAGAUAAAAUUGAGGAUAAAACAGAGUUGGCAGGGCUUUCGAGUUUAUUUGAGGAAGUAGAACCUAGUUUCGAAGAAAUUAAGGAAGCUUUUGAUGUGUUUGAUGAAAAUGGAGAUGGAUAUAUUGAUGCAAAUGAGUUAAUGAAACUCAUUUGGAGAAUGGGUUUCUCCGAAUUUUCAAAGGAGGACUGCAAGAAGAUGAUAAUGGCCUUUGAUGAAAACAAAGAUGGAAGAAUUGAAUUUCAUGAAUUUUUGAAACUCAUGGAACAAAGCUUUCGGGAUCCUGAGCAGAGUUAGACUCAGUUUUUUUAUUUUUUUUUAUUUUGAUACUUUACUACUUUUAAGUACUGCUGAUACUAUCAUAAAGUAUCCAGCUUAAAAGGUGUAAAUCCAUUAAUAAUAUUGUCAUGUACUCAAAUUAUUUACGAUAAUAAAAUUAACAUAACAGAAAAAUUAAGUUAAA